UUGAGCAAUUGAACUGUACCAAUGUAAAUGUUAACUUUUAACCAUUUAUGGUAUUUAUUUAUUAUUUUAACCAUUAUAAUUAAAAUAGUUAUUGAUUUAAUUUUAUUUUCAAUUAAACAGUAAACUCUUUUAAAGACUGAUUUUGAUCUACUACUAAUACCGAAUACCCUACACCUGUUACAACCAUUAGGAUGUGAAUGAAAUUUUAGUACUCAAAAUACAUUGCAUCUGAAGGAAACAAUUUAUACAAGAAAGUAAUUUGUCCAUAAUAAUUGAUCCAAAAGGAUAUGAUAAUCAAGAGCAGAAGCCGAGCCAGUUCAGGAAAGGUUAUUAAUGUCUCACUACUAACAAUAAGUUUUUAUAUUAUAAUGAUAACAGUUGAAAUAUGACGGGAUAUGGAGUCUCACAGCUAUUUUACGCAUCUCUCAACAGAGUUGCUUAUAAAAAUCUUCCAUUUUUUGGAUAUAUCUGACUUAUGCAAAUUAAAACAAACUUGUAAGCGAUUUAACGAAGUAAUACUUUCUUGGGAUUAUGUAUUACUAAAGAACAUAUACCCACUUGUAACAAAUCAACAAAGCAAUAUUUUUUUGUCAAGAUGUCAGCAACAUUUAUCUGUUUUUGAAAAAAUUAGAAUUAGUAAAAAUUGGAAAAUUGGACGAUACAAAGAAAAAGAUUUAUUAUUUGUUAAAAGAAGGUACAUGCCCUGGCUUUACUUAACUGAUAAAUCUGUGUGGAUAAGUAGAGGAAGAAAUAUUUAUUGUUACGAACGAUUCAGAGUCAAUGUCUCUAGAACAAAAGUCAUCUUCCAAGGCAGAAGUAUUGCCGAUGUUGGACAUUUUCAAAUAAAAAAUAAUUUUAUUGUGACUGGACAAAGGGAUGGCAGCAUGUGGCUCACUUCUCUGCAAGACAGAAAAGUAAUUUUCGAUGAGAAAGAGUGCCAUGAAUCUGAUAUAAAUUCCGUUGAUAUUUCUCUUAGUGGGGAUAUUAUUGUGUCUGGUUCUCGAGACAACAGGUUUAAAGUUUGGAGGGUGGAUUAUGACACGGACACAGGUGCCUUAAAAAAAUCACAUGAUCAAGUUUUUUAUGAUAGAGUAUUACGAGUUUCUUUAUCAGAUGACCAACCCUUAUUAGCAGUUGGCACAUCCGGAAAUAAUUACAGAGCUACUUUAUUUGUCUACGAUCUAGAAAGAAUUUUGGAUCCAGUAGAACUUUCCGCCUCUCGCUUCGGUUCUGGUGUGUUAGAUUUGAAAUGGGAUACCCCGCAUACUAUAUGGUCAUGUGGAUAUGACACCUGUUUAAGGAGAUGGGACCUUCGAACAGGUAAAUCAGAACAAAACUUUUAUGAUCCACAUGCCUCCGUAGUAUACUGUUUGGAAUAUGAUUAUUAUAAUACCAUAAUGACGGGUACUCAAUCUUACGGACGAGUUAUUUUAUGGGACAUCCGGCAACCACGUAGUGUUCAAUUGUAUUUUAUGGGUUGUUGCAAAGGUAAUGGUACUAAAAAUUCUCCGAUUUAUAGUUUGUCAUUCGACUCAGAGUGCCUCUUUACUGCUACCGACCGAAACUUAAAUGUUCUUGAUUUUUCUGUGUAUAAUGGGGUUGUAGAGGACUAUUCAUUUUGUUGUACUUAUUAAGACAGUAUAUUUAUUUCUCAUAAAUUGUAAAUAGUUUACUAAUUAAUCAUUAAUAUUCGUGUGAAAUACGAAUACCUAAUGUUUUUUUAAACAAUAAUUAUGAAUUAAAUUUUGUAAAUAAAUAUUUUAGAAGAAA